CAAAAUAGCCCCAAAUCUAGGCCUAAAAUACCAAAACCCUAAAAGUUGUUUGUUCCCUCCCUUGACAACACUCUCAAAAAUCCCCCCAAUUCAGCCAUUCAAGAGAGACCCUUUUGCCUUCCCUCCAACCUCUCUUUCUCAUCCUUGUUUUCCUCUUCUAUUUUUAUAAAUUUGCAGCUUUCCGUAAAGGAGUAAAGAAAAGCCAAAUGGAGGUCGAGAAGCUCUGCUCGGCUUGUGCUGUUGUGCAGAGGGUUACGUGCUAUUCAGUUCUCUGGGCUGCCCAAAGAUCUCUUCUAUUGCUUCUUUUGUUGAGUGGGACUCUGCUCAGUGAUGUCAAUGUAUUCCCAUCUUCGUUAGAGACGGACAAAAGGAAGAGUACUAUUUGCAGAUUCCCAUUUGGCGAUCAUAAGAAAGCCUCCGAGCCUGAAGAAAACAAAGACGCUGGUGAAAGUGAUGAUGGUGAGGAUGAUGAUGAGGACGAUGAUGAUGCUGACGACGACGAUGAGGAUGAUGAUUAUUCUGGAGAAGGGAGUGAUGGUGAUGAUGGUGGAGAUUCUGAUGAUGAGGUUGCUGCUAAUGGAGAUGGAGGGAGCGAUGACAACGAUAAUGAUGACGAGGAUGACGACGAAGAUGAUGAGGAUGACGAUGAUGAGGACGAGGAUGGUGAGAGUGAUGAAGAGGAAGAUAAAAGACCAUCAAAGAAAAAGAAGUGAAGGGUGUCUUUAUUUCUUUCUCUUUAGUCAGGGGCAUGCAAAUUCUACUUUAUAGGGGGUCCUAUUCAUCUCCUAGACGAUAUUUUCUUGCAGUUGCCAAGAAAAAUGCAAAACAUGUCUGAUGGACGAUAAUUAUGCGACUCUUGGGAUCUUGACUUAGUUACUCAGUUUCGACCUAUGCCCAAUUGUUGCUUGUGUACUAUCUUAACAUUAUUUCGUUAGAGGAUUAGUCCUAAUCCGUACUUUAACUCUUGAAUUGUUCUUGAACAAUUAAGGAUUAUUCUUAUGA